AUGCGUUCAGUUUUGUCGUUUGCGCUGCUUGCGGCCAAUGUGGUCUCUGCCGCUGUGCUCGCCCCCUUUGAUUAUUCUGGAUACAAGGUUGUCCGUGUCCCUACUCAGAAGGGGAACGUCAAGGAGGUGCAGAGGAUCAUUACCGACCUGAACCUUGAUACCUGGAAAUACCCCAAGGCUGAAGGUCAGAAUGCCGAUAUUGUAAUCCCACCAAGCCAGAUCCCUUCCUUUAUGGAGCGUAUUUCAGGAAUGGAUCGGGAAAUCAUGCACGAAGAUCUCGGGAUGUCCAUUAGCAACGAGACUACCUUUGAGGCCUACUCUGCUGGUUAUGCCCCUGAUAUCAAUUGGUUCAAGUCGUACCAUAGCUACCAGGACCAUCUUUCCUAUUUGCAAGACCUGCAGGGCCUCUUCCGCACUCGGUCAGAGUAUGUUGACGCGGGUAAGAGUCACGAGGGUCGCACAAUCCCCGCCCUGCAUCUCUGGGGUAAGGGUGGAAAGAACUCGAAGCCAGCCAUCAUCUUCCAUGGAACCAUCCACGCCCGUGAAUGGAUCACCACCAUGGUUACUGAAUACAUGGCUUGGUCUUUCCUUUCUGAAUAUAACAAGAAUGCUGAUAUCACAUCCAUUGUCGACAAUUUUGAUAUCUGGAUCUUCCCAAUUGUUAACCCAGAUGGAUUUGCCUAUACCCAAACCAGCAACCGUUUGUGGCGCAAGAAUCGUCAGCCCAACCCUGGUGCUAGGUGCCCUGGACGUGACCUCAAUCGCAACUACCCAUACCAGUGGGUUGGGCCUGGAUCGUCUUCCAACCCUUGCUCUGAUAUAUACAGAGGUGCCGAAGCUGGUGAUGGAACCGAAAUCAAGGUCCAUAUCGCCAACAUGAAGAAGAUUGCAGCCUAUAAGGGCAUUGCCAUGUUCGUUGAUUGGCAUUCUUAUGGCCAACUCUUCAUGUCACCAUACGGAUAUUCCUGCACUGCUCGCCCACCUACUGACGCCAGACACCAGGAACUUUCCAGGAUCUUUGCUCAAGCGCUGAAGGCCGUGCAUGGAACUCCAUACAAGACCGGACCUAUCUGCAGCACCAUCUAUCAAGUCAACGGUGACAGCGUCGACUGGGCUCUUGAAGUUCUGAAGGUGAAAUUGUCUUUGACCGCCGAACUCCGUGACACAGGUGCCCGUGGGUUUGUCCUCCCGGCUGACCAGAUCCUCCCAAGCGGUGAGGAGACCCUCGCCGGCACUGUUGCCAUGCUGAAGGCUGUGAUUAAGGGUUAA